CGUCUUAAUGGAUGUGAACACCGGAAGGAGAAACCAUUGACUCGUCUGUCUACCUGCUAGUUGAUGGAUUUCACUUGGCAAAGGGGUAGUACGGAGAUAAUGUCACAAUGAGGACCGCGUUUUUAUUUAUUCAAGCCAUUGUCUCAACAGCUGGAUUCAACAUCUUACAUACACCUGUUCAGUCUUUUCAAGAGGAUGACUCCUUUUUUGGCCAAGACAUUGUACAGUCGCAAAAUGGAAUUCUUGUCACUUCACCAUCACUUGGGAAACUUUGGAGAUGUGCGCAAAAGGAGAAUUGCACACUUUUGUCAGGAGAUGCACAAAAAGGUAUGAGACGCAUUCAGUCACUCUCCAGCAAGUUGGGCGAAAAACCAGCGGACCAACACUUGGUGUGUCAGCAGGUACGAAUCAAGAAAGAAAAAAAGGAAGACUUUAAUGGGCAGUGUCGAUAUCCAAGCCAGGGUGAACAAAUCAUCCAACCCGCUGAAAAUGCAAAAGACAUGCUCAAAAAGGCCAACCUCAACAACAACAACAACAACAACAACAACAACAACAACAACAACAAUGGUAACAGUAACAACAACAACAACAACAACAACAACGACGGGUAUGAGGAUGAAGAAGACCCAGGAACAGAGAUUGCCUUCGUACUUGAUGGCUCAGGAAGCAUCGAGCCGCCAGACUUUAUUCGGGCCAAAGAAUUCAUUAUGAAAGUCAUGGAAGGUGUCUGGUCAAAAUGUUUUGAUUGCAACUUUGCAGUUGUGCAAUAUGGAAACUAUAUCAGAACUGAACUCUCAUUAAUGGACAACAAGGAUGCAGCCAAAGCCAUUAGGAGGGUAAACGAAACCGAACAGAUUGGAAACACGACUGCGACUGCUUCUGCCAUCAAUCAUGUCCUGGAACACGUUUUUGUCCCUGAGAAUGGAUCUAAUUAUAAUGCCAAGAGAUUUGUAAUUGUGGUGUCAGAUGGACGCAUAUUUCUGGACCCUAUGAAGCUCACAGAUGUUUUAGAAAAACCAAAAAUGGCGAAUAUUACUCGCUUUGCCAUUGGGGUUGGGGCCGGCAUCCUGAAUGAUUCUACUGCAGUGAAAGAAAUGAAAGAGAUAGCAACAGAUCCAGAUGAGAACUAUUUUUUUGAAGUGAAAAGCUAUGAUGCAUUGGCUGGCAUUUUGUCACAGAUCGAGCAAGGCAUUGUUGGAGUAGAGGGUAUGGGCCAAGGAGCAGGAUUUCAGUUGGAAUUGUCAGAGGCUGGUUUCAGCUCCCACAUCGCCCUUGAUCAAUCCCUUCUUUUUGGAGCGGUGGGCGCCUUCGACUGGAAUGGAGGGAUGAUUGUGCGAAAUUUACAAUCAGACACGACAGCAUUUCUUAACAUAACAAGCAACGGGCAAAACAUAACCAAGAAAGAGCACAGGUUUUCAUACUUGGGCUACGCUGUGACUUCUGCAAAGGACUCUGAGAUACUUUACCUCUCCGGAGCACCCCGCUACAACUUGACGGGAGGAGUUUUUGUUUUUAAUGGACAGAACCAUACAUUGCAGCAGACCCUACUUGGAGACCAAGUGGGCUCAUAUUUUGGCUCUGUUCUCUGUGUCCUGAAUUCUGACAAAAAUCAGCCAAAGAAAACGGACUAUUUAUUCAUUGGAGCUCCACACUUUCACAGGAGGGGAGAGGAGGGGAAAGUUUUUAUCUACAGAUUGCACCAGGGUAAAUAUCAAAAGGAGACCUGGGAAUGGUCCGGCAUGUCAACGUACUCCUUCGCCAGAUUCGGUUCUGCCAUUGCGAACAUCGGAGACGUGGAUGGUGAUGGAUACAAUGAUGUGGCCGUGGGAGCGCCUCUGGAAAAGGGACAUGGAGAGACAUCUGGGAGCAUCUACGUUUACAAUGGAUACAGUGGCGGUUUUAGGGAGCACCACUCACAAAGAAUAUCAGCAGCUGAGACUGGGAUGAAGCUGAGGUACUUUGGGCGGUCGGUGAGUGCCAUGGCGGCCCCCGGGCCCGGCUCCAAGAGACAAGAGCUCAUCAGUGUUGGCAGUGAAGGACAUGUUGCUGUCUUUCAAACACUUCCUGUGAUUGUCAUCAACCCUAAAAUCACCAUGGAACCCAACAUGAUUCCCCUGAAGCACCAAACCACAGAGUUGGAAGAAGAAGUACUGAUUAAACCAAUGAUAUGUUUCCAGACGAAGGGAAAGGCUAGGGGUAAUACAUUGCCUGUCCAUUACAUGAUUGACUUGGAUGUUGGUAAAUCCAAGAAGCGUGUAGCUCUUAAAAACAAUGGACCAGGGGUCUUCAGUGUGACUGAUGAUGAUGAGUGCCUCAGAGACGUCAUCAUUACGUAUUUGGGCUGUUUUGACUGUUUUUCACCCAUCCAAUUCAAGUUGAAUUUUAGUCUGCCAUCAGACCCAGCAUCAGCCCAUUAUAUUCUCGAUGCAUUCACCCCAAACGAGACGACAGCAGAGAUCCCAUUUGAGAAAGAGUGCAAGGAGGGACCAUGUAAAGCAAACAUUAAAUUGACUCACUCACAGCUCAGCAUAGAGAAAGUCAUAAUUGGUGCGACUCAAGAAUUGAACAUAACUUUUAAUCUGGAAAAUGCUGGAUAUGGUUCCUACAUCACAACUCUGACUUUGAUUUACCCCAAGAUCCUUCGUUAUGUGAAGAUUAAGAGCCUGGAGGGAUCUGACUGCCAAACUGUUACGUGUAAAAGAAAUGAAAAAGAGGAAAAAGCAUUUUGGGAGCUGAACUGUGCUCUUUGUCAUCCAACUCUGAGGAAAUCGUCUCGGAUGGUUUUUAACGUCACCUGGGAGCCUGCAGGUACAAAAGCGGAGGAGAAGGAAGCUGAGAUCAGGGCCAUCUUGACAAAUAAAAAUUCAGGCACUGUGCAGCAGCUGGACGGGAAGAAUUUUACAUUUGACACUGCAAAUGCUCUGCCAGUUGGACUUGAGGGAGGGGCAGAGCCGCCUUCACUGAAAAAUGAGGAUGAAAGUGAGACAAAAACACUGCUAAUCAAAUUUCAGCCCGAUGGAAAGAACCUGCACAAUGCUACUUUAUAUAUCAACAUCACGAUAAAGCUGGACACACAGCACACAAGGGUGCGUGUACUAAAUGAUACAAAAGCCAAGAGUACCUGUUUCUUCCCAUAUUUUGGCAAGGACCUACCUUCCCAUAAAUGGGGAGUCUACCAGAUCCAGUGUGAGCAGAUACAGCCAAAAGACAUAGUCAUAAAGAUGGAAGUGGACAUCAGCGAUACACAGGUGCAAGAUGAGAGGAUUUUGGUCGUUGGAGAGUUGGGCUUUGACCAGGACACCUAUGUUACACUGGACCGCAGUCGGCUGAGGAAAGAGAUGUCGGUAACAGUAAGGAAACUGACGGUUGUCAAAUCGAUGCCAUCCAUCAUCGGGGGCUCCAUCGGAGGGUUUGUGCUCCUCGCCAUCAUUGUCAUCAUCCUCUUCAAGUGUGGGUUCUUCAAAAGGCGUCAUCAAGUGGAUAAAAGACCAAACGACGGAUGAAGACUUGAUCUCAACAUCCACUUACUUGACCUUAGUUCCCCAAGUUCCUCUUAAAGUAUUUGUUAGUUACUGGACCUCCACAAAGGAGGCCAUGUUUUUGAUACCAUUAGUUGCUUUUUAAAUUAAUUGUCAGUUUGUUAAGCAAAAAGUUAUUAACAGAUUUCGAUGAAGCCUAAAGGAAUGAUUUAGAGCAGGUCAAGGAACAAUAGGUUGAACAGGUGUGGUCGUUGCUGAUGAUUGAACUGUUUUUACUGGCCUACAUCAGAAGGAAGGAAUACAGAGAAAACAGUUAGAUGGCAUCAUUGCCACAUGUUGAGGAAAAACAUAUCCUUCUUACUUUUGAGAAUGUUUUUAAUUUUAGCACUCUCAGAGUUUUUACAAUGUCUUCACAAUCAUAUAUGUCAAUAUUGCUCUCUGAGGUGGCUGUCAGGCUACAAAGCUUUCUCAGAGGAGUCAAGCAAGCCUUGUUUAGUUCCAAAAUACAAAACUGUUUUUUAAUAUGUAUAUUUGUUUUUUAUUAUUACUAUGUUAAUAUCAUUAUUACAUUAUUAGUUUUUGAUCAUUGAUUUGAUUGCUUGAUUGUCUUUUUAAGCGCCUUUUCACUGGUGUUUAAAGCAAAUGCAUCUGGUCUCUCUGAUGAAUGCUUGCUGUGUCCACGUCAGAUAAACUUAUUCAAUUAUCCAUUAAGCUUCGGUGGUGAUCCAGAUCACUGCUUGUACCGUUACCACAGUAAUGUCUUGGAUCAGCGGCAUGUGUCCAAAUUUCCACCUUAACCAUUGUAUUUCAUCACAACCUAUCUGAAAGAUAAAUAUGGGAGGAGGAUUUGUUUGUUGACAGUUGGGUGCUGUGGGGCAGUGGCUAGCACCCAUCCCGUAGGCCCACCAUGACAAGCAGACGCAAUUUUAGGGUAAGUUGGGGCCCCAAGAGAAAAUUCAAAAGAAUGAACUUUCACCACGAAUCACCACUACUGUAGUUUGAAAGUCUUAGCUAUUAUUCACCAUCUACAGGCUUGGGGCCCCUAAGCAGCUGCCUGCCUAGCCUGGUGACAAGAUGCCUGGUGACGAGUAACAUUUGAAGCCUAUCUGGCUCAUUUUCUUACACCACCUCGUCUCCCGCUCUUGUUAAUCUCUUUACUGCGCCAUGAAGUUCAUUGUAGCCAUUUGUGUGAAUAAAUACA